UGAAGAUAUUUUGAAGUUUUCAGUGCGGUAUGUUUGCCCUUGAAUGCCAGAGAGGUGACCUGAGCAUCUCCCCUGAGCCCGCGCACUGAUUACUGAAGUAUUCUGACUGGUUGCCAUGGCUACUGAAAACCUGCGAGGGACCAAUACGCGGCGCUGCUCUCCAUCUCACACAUGAGCGCGCACACUCUAUAGGCUGUGCUAUAAAGUACUCCUCUUCCCUGAGAAACAAGCGACGAUUGGAUGAUGUCUGGAUGAAGUCUCUAUUAAACACUUGCCCUUCGCGUUCUCGACGUGCUCAUCCUCGCUUUCUCGCGCGCAAUCGUCGCGUCGGAUUGAGUAUGCAAAACGAACGUGUUUUCAUCUCCUCCUCCUCCCGGAGCUGACACGGAGAAGCGUUUCGUCAUGUGUAAAGAGACAGUUUUACCGCAAUGCUUUUUCAAUAGCUCUCUAGCUCCGUACGAGAGCCACUGACCCAAGAGGAAAGGGAGGUGCCGCGCACUGGCAUAGUCCAUGCGCGUUCACGCGUUUAUCUGGAGUCGGCUGAGCGGACAAGAACUGUGCGAAGCAGGUGUGCGCUUUCAGUCUGGAUUCAGACCUCAUCCCUCUCUCUUCUCUGACUUUGAUGGACUUACAUGCGGUGUGUUAGCGUGUAACUGCGGUGGAUGACUCCAUAUGCGUGUUUAUUGCUCAGGGUGAAAAGUGUCCUUGUUGAGAACACAGAUCAGUGGAGAUCUUCAUCAUGAAUACAGAUACUCCAGAUAGCGGAGGAUGUGCUCAUAAAAGAGCAUCCCUGUCACUCACUCUGUGGCCUGUGAAGAGGGUCCAGAGCACCCCCAACCUGUACACUGCUGCAGGUAGUGAUUCCCAGUCGUCAGAUUCAGAUGCCUGGCGUUCACGGAGUGUCUCCGAGGGAUUGAGAAAUGGAGAUGCCGGCAGCUCAUCCUUGACCUCAAAAGGCUUUCGCAGUGUUAAACCCAACCUGCAGGACAAGAAAUCUCCCACACCAGUCCCCUUGCCUCCCCCUCGGAGAGAGAGCUAUCACAUGACCCCUAACCCUCCAUCUUACAGUUCGCUUGCAAUGCUGUCAAACGCCACAUUCUCUCCCUCACAGAGUCAUGAUGCCAUUUCCACAGGCUCUUACUCCAUUCAGUCUAGUGCCACCUCCUCAUACUCAUACUCCAAGACCACCCGAACCUCCACUAACACCUCUGGAGCCCCUCUCGAGGAGUCCCCCUCCUCCCAGCAAGCUAAUGCUAACAGUUUUAUCUCUCGGGUCCUUGGAAGCAAAUUGUCUUCCUCUAAAUUUGCAACUGACCAACUAAACGCAGCACCUGUGACAAAUAUGAUUACAACUGACCCUAAGACUAAAACUAAGCCAAAAGGAGCAUUCACACCCUCACCGCUAGACCCCGCUAGCACUUCUGAUUCACACAUAGCCUCUCUCUCCAUCCAGUUAGCUCCUCGCAGCCCCGAGCCCCGAGCAGAGAGCCGGUCUGAACCCAGGACAAAUGCGGUGGACAUCACUGACUCUACACGACCCCCUGUCAUACCACCAAGACCAGCAGGCAGUUUGGUGCGUGAGUUUUCCCCUGUAAGAGGGGGCCCAGGACCGAUUUCUUCUGGACCAUCAUCUCCAGACCCAGCAGCUCGUCGAUCACCAUAUAGCCGGGCCAGUCAGGAUUCCCCAGACUUCCUAUCAGGGCUACUACCCAAAGCCCUCUCGCCGACUCCCUAUGCCCCUCUGGAACGUUCGGGACUAAUGUCGGCCUCACCUGCCGUGUCGCCAGUAACCGUAUCGGCACUGAGUCAAUAUUCCUCAUCCACGGCUGGGCUGGAGGAGUUGCAGAUAUGUGGCCUAGACUCCUCCCCCUUGGCCACACCCACUCCGUCCCCCACACUCAGCCACACCUCCAAUGCUGCUGAUGAGCUUCAAUCCAUCCCGUCUGCUGCCACAGGCACUAACGGUCAAAUGACAGUGAAUGGAAGCUCUCAGUCUCAGAGGCCCUUCUCUCCACCUGCACACCCUCCUCCUCCACCACCACCAAUCCUCAGCCCAGGCCUGGUACAGAUCCAGCAUGGGCAUAGUUCUGAGGGUUCACAGACACUGAGGAGAGAGUCUGUUGUCUCUGGUCAGACAGUGGUCAGUAGCUCCGUGCCCAUCGCUCGCUUCUCAGAGGAAGAGAAGAAGGUCUCUGUCAUAAAAGCUCCCCAUUACGAAGGCAUUGGACCAGUGGAUGAGUCUGGCAUUCCCAUCGCCAUCCGUACGACUGUGGACAGGCCCAAGGACUGGUACAAGACCAUGUUCAAACAGAUCCACAUGGUUCAUAAGCCAGAUGAUGACUAUGCAGACACAUAUAAUGCAACAUACGCAGUUAUAAACAACGACAACUAUCCUCCAGUUCAUGCUCACCCACCUCCUCGAACGCACACGUACCGGCCGCUCUCUAGAAAUACCUCAGACAUUCCCGACAGUGCUGCCCAGCGAGAGCUCUCGCCAUCACCCGUGCCCCCGCCGCCCCCUCCGAUGCCUUCUCUCCUCCAGCUCCGCUCGCGGGACAUGGACAGAGAAAAAGAGUUCUCCCAUGACCCAAACGAAUGGGGUCCUCCAGAACGUAAAGUGGACACGCGUAAAUAUCGGGCAGAACCACGGAGCAUCUUUGAGUAUGAGCCUGGAAAAUCCUCCAUCCUCGAACAAGAAAGGCCUACAUUUGAUUUAAACCCAGAUGACAUAGAUUUAGAGAACGAGCCUUGGUUUAAAUUCUUUUCCGAGUUGGAGUUUGGACGGCCGCCUCCUAAAAAGAGGUUGGAUUAUAAUCCUGACUACUCCACACAUACUGUGGCACAGUCAUCUCUCUAUAUCUCGCCUUCUGAACGACCUGAUGGGCCUUCAAGCUCUGCAAGUGACUACAGAAAAAGACGAAAGUCUGAGCCAUCUGUCACUCAAGCCAACACAGGAAGUGAACAGAAUGCCAGUCAAGUAUUUUCUCGCACACUGGACUCCAGUAAAGCACAGACGCUGAAGAAGCCCACCAUACGCUCUUCCCCCUCUUCACCAUCAAGAGCCAAAGCUGGAGACUUUAGUGAGUCACUCUCCUCCUGUAUGAGCUCCCCAGGUAUGGAGCGCCCUUCCUCUCGUAUCUCCACAGACUCCCUCACCAUCUCCACACCAACUUGGCCUAGCUCCAAGCGCUCCAUCUGCUUCAAGAACGGUUGGCAGACAGGCAGGCAUGAAAAUACAGAGAACUGGAGCAGCGCUGAUGAUGAUUCUGCCAUGACCCCUACGUCACCACGGCUCAAAUCGCGCAGCUGUGAUGAUUUGCUGUCUGAUGGACACGGUGCUACCACCAAUAAUAAUGGGAGAGAGGCCAAUCCUGUUUCUAACACUCGUUCGGAAAGUGCGGGUUCACUUAUUGAUGAAGAAGCUCAAAAACCUCAAGUAAAAAGUCUUACCUCAUCUCCCAGGGGCCGCCGUCAUCACCGGCGUAAGUUGCCACAUGAUGCUCCAGGUUUCCUUCAGCUCUACAAGAAGAUGCACCACAUUGAUCGUGAACAGUUAUUGCCCUCUGAGGUGAUUCGGUCUGUACGUGCACGAAUCCUCGAAUUGGAAAGACUACAGCAGCAACAAAGGCAUAGCAUUCAUGGGUGGGCACCUUUAGGUCAUGAGGUGCCACGGCAAAUGGUUCCAAACCGUAUAUCUGCAUAUGAACAGCUUAUCCAAAAAUCAAAGUCUAUGCCAGAUCUUGGCGAUGAAAAUGCCCCUUCGGGCACCACCACACCCGGCUCCUCAAGGGCCAGCAGCUGCCCCAAGCGACGCUUUUCUGUUGAAUCUCUUUUGGAAGAGGAGGAUCCUCCAGAAAAUGCUAGAAGUCCUCCUGAGGGUCAGCCAAGGUUGGGAGCCGACAGCUUGGUGCCAAUUCAUGGGAAGAACCAAAGGCAACAUCAAGACUAUUCGGACAGUGAACAGGACGCAUGUGCCUCUGAAAUAAGCGACAUCCACAUUGAAGGAUCGUCAUUGUGUAGUGAGAGCGACCUGGAUCACUGCUCGCUCACCUCAUCAGAAAGCUUCUAUGGUUCUGGGCAACAUCACCAUCAUGGACACCAUCACCACUAUCACCGCCACCAUCACCAGAGUGUAGGUCAAAGUCAAGGUUACCAACACCGCCACCUUAUCAGCUCCUGCAAGGGCCGCUGUCCGGCAUCCUAUACACGUUUCACUACAAUGCUAAAACAUGAGCGGCAACAAGAAAGGGCUCGACAGGAGUCCCAUCCUGCAAUUAGUUCUCCGCUUGCCCAACAAUCACCCAGUGAGUCAGGCCUUUCCAAACUGGCCUUCCUGGUCAGCCCUGUGCCUUUCCGUCGGAAACGAGGCUCCCCACCAACUCAGCGGCGGCACUGCAGAAGUGGGCGCCCAAAAUCUAAAACUGCAAUUUAUGAGGCUUUAGAUGCCGCUUUACAGGACAUUUAUGACCACAUAAGGGCGGAAAAGGGACAAGAACCAGCAAGGAUGCCAGAUGAUAGCAUAUUGCGCCGGUUGUUGGAAGAGCUGCUGCCUGAUGUGCCCAAGCGUAGCUCCUCGUUGAGGGUUCAGAGAGGGUCCGGCUCCCCCUCCUCGUCCCAUGUCCACCAGCCUUAUCAUGGAGCCCACCAAUGUGCCUCCUACCAGCAGCAACACCACCUUGCAGACACCUCCAACAACAACCAGCAUAGUACUAAUGCUAAUGUGCACUGCUACUCAGAUCAGGGCUCUGAUACAGGACGAAUUACUCCACAAAGCAGAAGACUCACACCAGAAAGAGAGGUCUCUUCUAAGCAGAUGACCUAUCUUAUAUUGUCUUCUCUCCUCCAUCAGAAACAGUCUGCCAGAGCAAUUUAUGAUUUUAAAGCUCAGUCUGCCAAGGAAAUUUCCUUUAAAAAGGGUGAUGCUGUCAACAUCAUCAGACAGAUUGACAGUAACUGGUAUGAAGGUGAACACAGAGGGCGGAUUGGGAUUUUCCCCAUCUCUUAUGUCGAGAAGGUGGCGUCUCCAGAGCGGAGACAGCCUGUCAGGCCUCCUCCUCCAGCUCAGGUUCGAGAGAUGGGAGAGGCCAUCGCGCGAUACAACUUCAAUGCUGACACUAAUGUGGAGCUUUCUCUCAGAAAGGGGGAACGGGUGAUCCUCCUAAGGAAGGUGGAUCAGAAUUGGUAUGAAGGAAAGAUUCCUGGCUCAAAUAAGCAGGGCAUUUUCCCUGUGUCCUAUGUCGAUGUGAUCAAGGGCUCACCUUCUAAGAGCCCCAGUCACCAAGGAGACACGCACACAUAUAGAGCACAGAAGAAAAUGAUGCAGGAUUCUCAGCAUGCAGGUGGUGACCCCUUCCAAGCUGUGUAUAACUAUGUGCCUCGUAAUGAGGAUGAGCUGGAGCUGAAGGAAGGGGAUGUUGUUGAUGUUGUCGAGAGAUGUGACGAUGGCUGGUUUGUUGGUACGUCUCGGAGAACCAGGUUAUUUGGAACGUUCCCAGGAAACUAUGUUAAGCCGCUUUAACAAAGAGGAAAUAAUGGCACAACUAUGGCCACUCCAGUGCCUACUGUGUAGGGCCAACGAGGCGCCUCACCUUUGAGAAAGUGUGUCUUUGCGUGCGAGAGUGUUCACAGACACUACAGUUUUAGCUCUGCCAUUUCUGCACAGACGAACCACGGAAGUUACUUCACUGAGCACUUUUUUUUUCGUGCCACCACGCAGUCUCCUCGCCGUUCUUUCACCUGCUUUUCUGACGAUAGCACACACAGCAAUGUUUUUCCAAUGUUUUGUUAUUUUCCAGGAAUUAGCACGAUGAGGAUUCAGACACGAUAUUGAGUAAGGUCAGUAGAUCAGUACGAUCUGAGAGACAAAACUCAGGCAUCAAUGUUGAACUGAAUGUGUGUGUGUGUGUGUGUGUGUACUUUUUUAUAUUGUUUAUGAGGACACUAUAUUGUAUAAUGACAUGGUUAUGACCUACUGUAGUCUAUUAAGGUGGAUUACAAGGGAUGCCUUGUGUUCUUGUAAUUUUAAAAACUAAAAAUUAUACUUGCGUAUUUUAAUAUUCAAAAUUUGCCACCAAAAAACAUAUAAUAAGCAUUUUUGCAGUAUAAAGUACAAUACGCCUAUGAUAGUCCUCAUAAACCAUAUAUACACAGCAAAAUCCUCUGAGUAAAAUUUACUGAGUUCAUAGUGUAUUUUGUCCCUCUCUAAAUUGAGUAAUAGUGAAGCUGCGGACACACUUGAGUUUGUGUCGUACAAGGGGUGGGAUUAAACAGGAUAAUUGCACAUUAAAAAACGUGAGUGAAAAAACGUGCGUAGCCAUGUAUUUAUACUUCUGCACGCUGUUUCUGUUGCUCUGCAAUAACACUUCCUAAACACUAGCUGGCAGUAGGUGUUUAUGUUCCUCUGUGUCGAGUUUUUUCACUGGUGUUUUGUUUUUUUCUGAACACUACCUUACUAUACAAGUGGCUCAAACCCACUUAUUUUAAGACAGGAAUCGACAUACGUGCAACAACUUUAUUCACAGGUAAACACAAAACAACAGUUUCUAUCUGGAGCUCCUUCACGAGACUCCACACUUGUAAACACUCGCUUCAUCAAACUUGUACCUCACGUCGCUGCGAUGUGUAGUUACACAUUUUUUAAGAGUUGUGGGCCAGCGUCGCCGACGGCCACAAUGAGGGCUAUGCUUCCACGCAUAGGCUGCGCCAGAGCAUACACGUGUGCUUGACGCAGAAAUAUAAAUCAGCCUUAACUCAGCCAUACAAUGUCAGAUCUGCCUGAAAAUUCCCAGGUUUGAUAAGAUUUCACUCCUAAAGACAUCUACAUACCAAUAUUGAGUUACAGUCAUACCGCCACCUGCUGACAGAAGGAAGUUUGGCAUAGAUCAGUGAUUUUCUCUGAUUUUUAAAAUAUUUAUCAGCUUAAAUUAUUAUUGUUCACUAUUCUCUGUCAUCCUAAGACCACCGGGUGCAGCUUUAAUUUAUGUCUGUGUUUUGAGUUUUUCAGAUGUUCAGUGCAGUUUAUAACUUGAUAAAGGUAUACUUAGUCAGGUAAUUCUCAUUAAUAUCACUAUAUGGAAUUUUGUAGAGUCUGGUAGAAAUAAGGCCAAACAAGUUGGUAAUAAGUAAAGCUGCUGUUUGUGUAGUUGCUUAAUGAUCCUCUGUUGAGUUUUUGAAAGAUUCAAAGUGUUUUAUUUCAGUUUAUUUCAUCUUAAGCCCUGCUUACACUGAGAUUUCAGCCACAAUUUUUUAAUCUAAGACAAACUUGGGAAAUCCUAAAAGAUUCCUGAAAUCCUAGACUAAAAUAAGUGGUCUUUGAUCGUUAGUUUGACAUGUUCGCUAGCAGCCGCUUAUUGCCCUUUUCGAUCAGAUUUUUUCUCCGAUGAAGUUCUGGCAGUGUCAGAAGAUUUCAGACACUUUCCUGCUUUGUGACAACAGCUGUGAUGAGCGUCAAUCCAAGAACCAAUAGGAGCUCCUCAUUUGAUGAAGCAAUCCAUGCGACAAUUCAAACAUCCAUGGGGAAAUGUCAAAACAGUUUUUUUCUUCCUGGUUUAAGCUACAGAUUGUUUAUGUUUGCUGUUUGGAAUCAUUUCAGAACGCAGUAUAGUGAAAGUGUCAUGGGUGGAUGGCGUCAAACUCCGAGGGCAUUUCCAUUCGUGUUUGGUGCGUAUUCAUUGUCUUUCAGUCUGAGUUUAUGACAGCUAAGAUCUUAUAAUGUGACAAGAGAGCCAUGUUCUUGCAGUCUGACAUGCUACAAUUGUUCAGGAUUAUAAAAAAAAAAAUCACAAAGUGUGAACGGGCCUUUAGGCUGUGACUGAAGGUUGAUGUAGUUUUGUGUGUUCUCUUCUGUUUCUGCUUAUUAGCAGCAGGUGUUCAUCAUCAUUGCUUAAUUAGUCCCUUUACUGUUUCAUUACCUUUAACUCUGCUGCUGAGUAACUUUUACUCAAUUUAGCGAGGGACCAAAUGCACUGUGAAUUGAGUCAAUUUUGCUCAGAGGAUUUUGCUGUGUACAAGUGUGUGUGUGUGUGUGUGUGUGUGUGUGUGUGUGUGUGUAUUUAACAUGCAAAGUUAAUAGCAAUAGAGACCACUGGUUAUAAAAGGUGAUGAAUAGUUUCGUUUAAAAUGAUCUAAAAGUGAUUUAAUGGACAAUUUAUGAUGUUGCUCAUUCCCCGUUUUUGUGGCCAAAAUAAAAAGGUAAUAGGAACAUUUAAGUGUAUAGGAAACAUACUUUUGCCAUACAGACUUAUGAAAUAUGAAGGAUUUUUGCUGUUGUUUAAGUGGCAAUCUUUAAUAUAGGAUAAUGUCCAUAUAAUUAUCAGUGCAUUGGGUAUUUGUAUAAGUUGUCUUUAAAAUGAAAGUGCAUUGAAAUUCUGAAAAAAGAAAAUGCUUUUAUGGGAUUUGGUAUAAAGUAUUUGAUUAUUGAACUUGUUUUUAUAAUGUUUACUUGAGACUUUUAUGAAUAGGCUGUUUUAGAAUUGUAAACCAGAUUUUUACACAGUAACAAUCUGUAAAACUGCAUUAGAAAUGAAUGGCAACAAAUGUUACAAUAUCAAGGAGAGCCUGCUAAAAUGUUUCACUUUUUAUUUGUUCAACUAAUUUAUCUGAAAGGGUUCAUCUUGCAAUUUUCCUUUUGAGCAUUCUGGUAUAACAUUUGAAUUAUGUAAUUUAUCUGCCACGUUUCACAUGAGAUGCACUCUUUUAAAAAUUGCAUUGUAUAGCGCAAUAGAGAGAGAGGGGGGGAGGGGGGUUGUUGGUCUUUGAUGAAUGUUGUUUAUAAGCUUGUCCGACAUUUAAAAAUUCAUGUUUAGUUUUUGAAGGAUUUGUACAUCAGUAUUUUCUGCACUAAGUGUAUCACUUGUUGUGUUCUCAUCUGAAAACAUAUAGCUUGUGUUGCAUCAGCUUUUACGAGUAUGUUUAUUCAGUGUAUGAAAAAGUAUGUCUGAAGUUCACAGGCAGUAAAGCAAUCUUAAAGCACCUUAAGCAUUUAUUAGUUCUCUUAUUUUUGUUUUCUUUAAAGUUGAAGUGUGUUCAUAUGAUUUCAUGAAAUAUUGCAUCAUUUUGUAGCGUGAUAUGCAUAGGUAAACCAAUUGUAAGUAGAUUCAUCCAGCUGACCCUUUUCACAGACUUUCCUGAUGCGUUUUCACAGUCAUCAUUAGCAUUAAAAGUAAUGCAAGGUAUUUAAUGUAAUAACGCUAUUAUUUGUGUUAUUUUACCUUGGCAUGACUAACUGAAGUCUCUUUCUCUCCUCUUAUCAACUUGCUAUGGACGUUCUGAAAGGCCAUGCACUCAAAUAUUUUUUCUUACUAGUUUUAUCGUGAUCUCAACAUAACUAAAAGUAGUUUUUUUUUGUGAUCACAACGUAUUAAAUGUUGUUUUCCCGUUAUUCUGACUUAAUUUUUGAGGGUUAUAUGCUUAGAAUAAGCAUAUUUUGUCUAUAUUAUACAGAAGAUAAAAAAUAUAGUAUUAGUUAUAUAAAGUAUAUUAGUUAUAAAGCAACGCAUGUUUUUUUCCUAUUUGAUUGUGACCCCUGGGGUCUCAAUAUGUUAGAUUCAAGACAGCAUAGGGUCAGAUGCAGCAGAUUGAUUUCUUGGCACCAGGGUAAACUUUCUGACACCUUUACGGCACGCGUAUACAUUAAAAUGAAUUACAGGCAACGACUAAACAUGGCGGAUUAUCUCUGAGUGGCGUUCUUCAAAAAUAAACAAAGAAUAGACUUGAGGAUAUUGGUGUGUGUGAACCAUAUUGGUGGUCGUGAGUCACUGGCAUUGUUAUUUUUUGGGUCGCAGGGUUGAAAAGUUUGGGAACCCCUUUUGUAUAUGAUUCUAUUUCAUUAUUUACAACAAUAUUUCCUAAACUGGGGCUUCACAGUGGCACAGUGGGUAGCCCGACAGCAAGAAGGUCACUGGUUUGAGCCACGGCUGGGUCAGUUGGCAUGUUCUUCCUGUGUUUGUGUGGGUUUCCUCCGGGUGCUCUGGUUUACUACACAGUCCGGAGACAUGAAUUAGGUGAAUUAGGUAAACUAAACUGUCUGUAGCAUAUGUGUGUGUGAAUGAGUGUAUGGAUGUUUCCCAGUGAUGGGUUGCAGCCCGAAGAGCAUUUGCUGUGUAAAACUGCUGGAUAAGUUGGCGGUUCAAUCAGCUGUGGCAACCCCAGAUUAAUAAAGGUACUGAAUGAAUUCCCUUAACUGUUUAUACCAUUUUAGAGCUUGGGUUUUAGAUGGUGCAAAAUAAGUUGUUACAUGUAGGAAUUAGGUAAUGAAGAAUAAUGAAGAUCCUGCUUUUGCUUUAAUGAACCUAUGGCAGUUAGACAACUAUAGUUGUUUAUAAUUACAUGAAAAAGUGAAUCCCUUUAAAUAAGGCAAUAUGGCUAACACUUUACAACAAGGUUGUAUAAGUUAAUGUUAGUUAAAGCAUUUACUAACAUGAAAAAAUAAUAAACAACACAUUUGUUCCAGUACUUGUUCAUGUUAGUUAACAUGAAAAUACAGUUGUUCAUUGUUAGUUCAUGGUAACUCACAAUGCAUUAGCUAAUGUUAACAAGCAUGACUUAGGAUUUUAAUAAUGCAUUAGUAAAUACUGAACUAAGAUUAAUAAAUGCUGUACAAGUGUUUUCCAUAAUUAGUUCAUGUUAGUAAAUACAUUAACUAAUGAAACCUUGUUUUAAAGAGACCGCAAUAUGAAAUAUCUACAGCAUCUAGGACAUCCUCUUAUGCCAAAUAAGCAGAAAAAUAAGUCAUAAACUGAAGAAAACAACUUUUGUUAUGUCAAAAUGACCAGAAAAUUAAGUUGUUAUAACAAGAAAACAACUAUUGAUGUGCCAAGAUCACAAAAAAAUGAAGUCAUUAUAACAAGAAAACAACUUGAUAUGUUGAGAAUGAGAAAACGAGAAAGAAAAAUAUAAUACCGCAUAGCCUCUAAGGACUUUUGUAACUUGCUGUAAUCAAGAUCUAUUUUUUUUCUCUUGCUACAAAAUCAAACGGGAACUCAUAAAAUUAUGUCUAUUUCUAGUUUCUGAUCAAGAAUCCCAGAAAUUGUGAAAAGGGUCCAGGAUGGUCCCAUGUUAAUUUGUACACAUGAUGGUUUGCAUUUGGAGUGGAGGUGUUUGGUUGCCCAGUGGUAGAUGUGAAGUAUUUUGGAAACCUGUACAGAAAGAAUUGUAAUUACAUUUGAUCCACAUAAAGAGCUGCAUACUCAUAAUAAGCCGAUUUUAUUUCUUUAAAUAGAGCUCACGAUUCUCACAAUGUUCUCAAUAGGGAACCAAAAGAAACUUAAAAUGUUUUUGUUUUGUUUUCUUAUGUUUAAAUUAAUGAUUCAAAGGCUUUUAGGCUUUUAUUUGAGUGCUUAAAGAAUCUUUAACAGUAACAUGCAAUUGAUAGUCUUAUUUGAGCAGUCGGGACAUUUUUUAAAUGGAUAUUUAAUUUAUUUGAAUCACUACUUUAGACAUCAGUGUUUAAAUCACAACUUUUAUCCCAUUUAAAGUUUUGUAAAUCAGGUAUCAUGAGAGGACUUUUGUGAAGCCAUCUAUUAACUGUUCACACAUAGACCUGAAUGCCCACUUUGAUUUACAUGUUUAAUAAAAAGCCAGACUGAUGGCAUUUAGAAAGAAAAGAAAAGUCACUGGGAUGUUUGAAUUGUGAUUGUGAUAUUUGAGUUCAGCUCUGAGUAGAAGUGACACACUUCAGCUUUAAAUGUUUAAACACACUUUUUUUUGCAUUUUCCAGCUUCAUGGCUGUGUUUGCUGAAACUUUAUAUGUUCUUUUUGUAUUGUAAUAUACAUGGGUUUCACUUUAUACUCACGUUAUAAAGUUCUUGAUUUCUCACUUAUGGUUUCUUUUAUUUGUUUUGUAGUCCUUUAUGAUUCAUCCCAUGUGCCAAAUUUAUACACACUAAAUGUCUUUGGUGCAAAAAAUUAAAAUGUAUGCAAAAAAAUUGGCAAAGAAUGUUGUCUGGGUAUAUUAAAAUACUUUCUUCAGCACAGGAUGGAUAGUGAUGCACUCUCUAGUCUAACUGGAGUCACUAUUUGCCUUUGAUACAGCCACAAACUCCUCUACUCAAGACAGAGGAUAUGAUGAUGUUUUAUCAUCAUAUAGUGUUGUUGGGGGGUGCUGGUUUUGGUGCUUUAUGAGGACACAAACUGUAUAAUGAGAUGGAUUUGACCUUAGACCUUGGUGUAGUUUAUGAAGACAUGAAAAAAUCAUACUUAACAGGAUCUUUUCAAAUUCAAAAUUUGCCAUGUUUUAAAAAGUAAAAAACACAUUAUGCCAAUAGAGAGUCCUCACAAACCUCCAAAACAAGUAUGUGUGUGUAUAUGUGUGUUCAUAAUUAACUAAGGAUCUAACACUACUCUCCAUCAAGUAAAGCUUUCUCCCAUUUC